GCGGCGCUGGCGUCGGCGGCGCGCACAGUGGGGCGGCCCUCCGCCGCCGGCCUCCAGUCGGUGCUUGCCCGCGGCCGCGCCGUCAUCCGCCAGUGUACAGUAGCUCGGGGAGGCCAGCCCUGCGUCCGACACCCGCGACUCCGCGCCGUCGACGUCUGCGCCCUCGCCGCCAUGGCGCCACCGACCCUGGCCCUGCACCUGCUGCUGCUGUCCGUCGCAGCAGGUUGUUGCUGGGGCCUGCAAAUCGAGAAGCUGAACGUGCCGGAGGCAGUACGUAACGGCAGCCAGAGCAGCCUGAUACUGGACUGCGACUACUCCGUGGCCGACCCCAAGCACUGGGACGGGCUGGUCGUCAAGUGGUACUUCAACAACGAGCCUCUGCCCGUCUACCAGUGGAUCAAGGACGAGAAGCCGCAGGGAUUCGGCGUGCUCAAGGACCGCCUUAACCUCACCUACGAGGCGUCCAGCGAGAAGGAGAAGAAGCACCGCGCCCUCCAGAUCCUCAACCCCACACCCGACCUCUCGGGGGAGUACAAGUGCGUCGUCUCCACCUUCGACAACGAGACGUCCGGCUCGAAGAAGAUGGUCAUCUUCGUGCCACCCGAGAAGGAUCUGGAGGUUGUGCAGACGAGGCACAAGGAGGGCGCCGUCAACGUCAGCUGCCGCGCAGAGGGCGUCUUCCCCGAGCCGUCCCUCACCAUCACACACGACAGUUUUGUGUGCAGGUCGCCCGCGGCGGACGUGAAGGUGCACUCGUCGCGGCGCGACAGCGUCUACGACGUGCUGGCGUGGACCGUCGCGGAGGACCAGGCGCUGAGCGCGCCCACCACCUUCCACUGCGACCUUCGCAUCCCAGAGACCAACUUCACGCAGCGCGCCUCCACCCACUACGAGCCCGGCCCCCCUACAACCACAACCGAUAGCCCGCCUGAGGAGCAAUCCUCCUCCGUCGCGGAAGAGCUCUUUGUCACGCCCGAGCCUGGAUCUCUGGCGCCGAGGAGCUGCGUUCUGACCUGGCUGGUGCUCCUGCUGCCGCCCUUGCUCGCCUCCACGUUAUGAGAAAGAGGUUGAGAGCGGGCCGGGCGGACGGGGAACCGCCAGCUGCUGCAGUCUUCAGGCGGUGCCAGCGCGGCGGCGGCGACGACAUCGACGGCGCCUCACCUCCCCCCGGGAGGCCUGCAGUCACUCUCUACCUGUGGAUCGACAAUAUUCGUGUGCGUGCGAGAGAGAGAGAGAGAGAGAAAAGAAAAAAAAGAUAUAUAACGUUUCUAUUGUCACAGAUGUUUACAAAAAGUUGUAGGGAGCGAAGGAAGGAAAUGGACCCAGAUAUGGUUAAUUGUUAAGUCUUGAAUUGUUCAUUUCUUUUUUUGUUAUGUUUUCGGAAAGAUUUUAAUAGAGCUAUACAUGCGAGCUGCAUCGGGGAAAACUUGGGCUGUUGCUGCAACGGACCCGGCAAUCACCUGUUGAUACCUAUCUGCAUCAAGCGGCUGACUUAGUUACCACUUUACAGGGUAAGUUCUCGAAUAAACACUACCAAAGAUGUAGAGGGGGCUUUGAGAGGCCCAUCGUAAUUUCAGGUACUAUUCCUAAAUAUUAGCAAAGUGUGGGGAGAUGUCAAACAAAAUUAAUUCGUUCUACACUUCCGAAAGAAAAAAAAUUCUACUGAAAACACAACAAAAUUUUCGAGGUUCUAAAUUCAUUUUACAACUUCACAACGUAAUUCCACCAUUGUUAAUCGAUCUGGAAGAAUGGAAUGCGACUGAUACGAUUUAAUGACUAAGUUUACCAUUCUUCAGUUUCAUGUCAGUAUCUGCGCCUCUUUUGAUUGAUGUGUUACCACAUCUGCAUUGUACCACUAUAAAACACUCCAUUGGACAUACCUCCAUCAACACAGCAAGUUGUUGACUUAUGUCCUGCACAUCGAGGAUAUAUGAUGGGUGUUACGUUUAUUGUCUACUACACAUGUCGACACGAUUCAUAGUGAAAUGUCACCUGCUUAAGGUAACCUGAACUUCUUCGCACAGACUUGUAAUGGGAAGAAAAUCACAGGAACACAUUCGGUGUCUUCGUCGUUUGCUCUACACCGGGCCUUAAGAUCAUUAAAGCGACACCACCUAUCUCCAUUAAAAUUCUUGUUCCACACCCGAAAGCGUGAUUUUCUGCCAAGUUGUGUUCCGGAGUGCUUCGUACUUUUACGUCCGACGUGGUUUCAGUACACGUUUUUUUAACCUUCAUUUGUUUCUCUUACGGCACUAUUAUUCUGGACGCCGUUUAAGAUUACUCUACUGUCGUAUCAGUGAGGCACACUUCGUUCUGAUUUGAGUGGAGGUUAGGGUAUUGCGUUGUGAAGUUGUAAAGUAGCAUUGUCACCCUCAUUCAAAUUGUCCAUUGUAUCCCGAGUUAGUUUGGUAAAUAUGACAUACCUUUAUUUUUUUAUUUUAGAAACUGAAAUAGUUCGCCAUGUAAUUCGCUUGUAUGGAGGAGAACUAGUUUGGCAUGACGCUUAACAAGUUUUAACAAACCUAUACGCCAUCUCCCCGCACUAACCAAAGUGAAAGAGGCCUACAACUCGUCUUCUAUGCCUUUUAGAGGAAAAGAAGCUAUGCUAUAAAAAGGGCUGAAGAAAACUAUAAAAACUGUUGUGUAUCAGGAUAAAAAUAAAAACUGUUGUGUAUCAGGAUAACAAUAAAAACAUGAGUUUAUAUUUAAUAAGUUUCAACUGUAUGAAGUAUAGUGAAAAGUUAACUUGUACGACAGUUUUACCGUAACCUUGUAGAGAUUAAAUAGUUUUGAGCUCAUUGUUAAUUCUUGAAGAUGUAUAAUGCCUCUCUACUAUAUGUUACUUAUUCUAGCUCAAUGUUUCUAGUCGGAGAGAGAUGAGUACACCUUAUUUUGAAGAAAGUAAAUAACGAAAAUCAGAAAACUCGGCCGAAUUUGUGUUAUGUAAUGUUUGAUACUGAGGAAGCAUUUUAUAAACAAGGAGUGUGCUAAUGUAUUUCACGUUUUGAAACAGGCAUUGCUUUUUGUACUGGCACAACGCUAGAGGAAUCAUUGAGGUCGUUACUAAAUUAUUUGUGAUUUAACGGUCCUAGUUCGGUACUGAGUGCUAAUGUAAAACCUGGUAUGUAAUGGAAAAUAUACUACAGAAAUCAUUGGCGUUAUUAUUAAAUUAUUCGUGUUUUAAUGGUUCUGGUUCGGCCUUGAGUACCGAUUGCAAGAUCUUGGAUUUAAUGGACAGAACAUUACCUUUUGUAUUCCUCUUGCAUUUCGUUCACAGUACAAGACAUGUGCUUCAUAUUGGAAAAUCAUUUCCAACACUAACAUCUUAAACUCCAUAAUGUGUAACAUGAAAUAUGAAAGAAAUGUGUGGACAUGAUGUAUUCUUCCACAGAUUAACAAAGAAGGUAUAUUGUAAAUGAUUUUCAAACAUGUGUAUUAAAGAUUUGUUUUACAAGAAAAGGAAA